CUUGCCUCUAGAUGGUAGUCUACAUCCAUUUUUUUUAAAGCAAGCCUAAUUUUAGCAAGUCUUACGAGUAAACGAAACUUUGGAAAUGAAACGAAACCCAGUCUACUUCUAUACACGCACGAUGUGCUCUUCAAUUAAAGCUGUGCAGGAGACUUCUGGACCAUCAACAACGACCACAAAGUUUUGGGAUGUGUUCUUCCCCCUAGAACUACAGAUGCUUUGUAUAAUUGUCCUGGCUAUUGCAUUGGGGAUUCAGAUCUUCAAUCCACAAAAACAAGAUUUGGAUGAUGUAGUGCAUCAUCCAGGCGAUCCACUUCGGAUUCUUUUGGUUGGAAAAACAGGAGUGGGAAAAAGUGCAACAGGCAACACUAUCCUGGGAAAAAAGCAUUUUAAAUCAGAGAUAUCGUCCUCUUCUGUGACUGGGGAGUGUGAAAAAAAACACGCAAUAAUAAACGGCAGAAAAGUGUCCGUCAUUGACUCUCCAGGUCUGUUUGACACCAGCUUAACUACAGAGGAAGUGGUCAAGAGAAUUAAACUCUGCAUCCCUCUCUCUGCUCCUGGUCCACAUGUCUUCUUGGUUGUGAUUCAGCUGGGCAGAUUCACAGAUGAAGAGGCAGAAGCUGUAAGGAUCAUUCAAGCUGUUUUUGGUGAGGAAUCCUCUGCUUACAUCAUGGCUCUGUUCACUCAUGGAGAUCGACUGGAGGGCAAAAACAUUCACACAUUUGUGCGGGACAACCCAGAACUGCUCAGUUUCAUCAAAGCAUGCAGCGGACGAUACCAUGUGUUCAACAAUAAAGAACAAAACCCUGAACAGGUCAAUCAGCUGCUGGACCAGAUUGAUAAAAUGGUCACUGGAAAUGGAGGACAGUACUACACCAGUGAGAUGCUUGAAAGGGUAGAGAGAGCGAUCGAGGAGGAGAAGAAACGUAUCUUGAAGGAGAUGGAGGAGCAAAAACGGAGAGAAAUAGAAGCUCUGAGGGCUCAAUUUCAGGAUGAGGCCUAUGAAAAAGCAUUAAUAAAGUUAAACAAUAAAUAUGAAGAGGACGCUAGACUCAGAGCAGAGAUUGACCUUCCCUAUUUGAUCCACUUGGUCAGUUCCUUGGUUAAAGCAUUAAGCAAAUUCUUUUUGGUGAUGUGCUCUUCGUUUGAAACUGCGCAGGGCAUUUCACUAAGACCAUCAACAAUGACCUUAAAGUCUUGGAAAACUUCUCUCACUGCAACGCUAUUGAUGUUUUGUAUAAUGGCUGCAGUUAUUUCAGCAGGAAUUGAGUGUCCAGAUGUCAUGAAUUGGAUCUCCAGCACCAAAAACAGGAUCUUUAAACAACAAAAACAGAAUUUGGAUUAUACAGUACGUCAUCCAGGAGAGCCGCUCCGGAUUCUUUUGGCUGGAAAAACAGGAGUGGGAAAAAGCACAACAGGCAACACUAUCCUGGGAAAAAAGCAUUUUAAAUCAGAGAUAUCGUCCUCUUCUGUGACUGGGGAGUGUGAAAAAAAAGACGCAAUAAUAAACGGCAGAAAAGUGUCCGUCAUUGACUCUCCAGGUCUGUUUGACACCAGCUUAACUACAGAGGAAGUGGUCAAGAGAAUUAAACUCUGCAUCCCUCUCUCUGCUCCUGGUCCACAUGUCUUCUUGGUUGUGAUUCAGCUGGGCAGAUUCACAGAUGAAGAGGCAGAAGCUGUAAGGAUCAUUCAAGCUGUUUUUGGUGAGGAAUCCUCUGCUUACAUCAUGGCUCUGUUCACUCAUGGAGAUCGACUGGAGGGCAAAAACAUUCACACAUUUGUGCGGGACAACCCAAAACUGCUCAGUUUCAUCAAAGCAUGCAGCGGACGAUACCAUGUGUUCAACAAUAAAGAACAAAACCCUGAACAGGUCAAUCAGCUGCUGGACCAGAUUGAUAAAAUGGUCACUGGAAAUGGAGGACAGUACUACACCAGUGAGAUGCUUGAAAGGGUAGAGAGAGCGAUCGAGGAAGAGAAGAAACGUAUCUUGAAGGAGACGGAGGAGCAGAGACGGAGAGAGAUAGAAGCUCUGAGGGCUCAACUUCAGGAUGAGGCCUAUGAAAAAGCAUUAAAAAAAUUAAACAAUAUAAAUGACCAGCUGGCAAGAUACCAAGCUAAGAAUAAUACGUUCUUAAUCCAAAGGGGCCAGUUCUUUGCUUAAAGCAUUAAGCAAACCUUCUGAUGUGAAAACUGAGUGUUGUGACUGAAAAACUAAUUGAAAUGAAGAAAGUACUUCAAAUCUCAAUAGUUUAUGUCUAAAGUUAAAUAGUUAAGUUAUUAAUAGAUAAUAUUCAAGUGCAUAUUUACCUUCUGGUGAAUGAGAAAUGGUCACUGGAAAUAGAGGUCAAUACUACACCAGUGAGAUGCUUGAAAGGGCUGAGAGAGCUAUCGAGGAAGAGAUGAAACGGAGGAGCAAAGACAGAGGGAGAUAUUUUAACAGAAAUGAUUCAUUGUAUUUGUUCACUUCAUUUGAAUAAAAAAGAAAUUUUUAUCUGAAACUAA